AUGCUCGUGGAGAGCUUUGACAACGUGUACCUGGAUCUGUCAAAACAGCCCGGAAAAUGCAAGCUGGCUGAGAGUGGUCUGGGAUGGCGCCCAUCUGGAGGCGGUGACACCUUCACUCUGGAUAGUAGCAACAUUGGUGGUGCCCAGUGGAGUCGCGCCGCGAAAGGUUACGAGCUGAGGAUCUUGUCGCGAUCCUCGGGUGUCAUCCAACUGGAUGGUUUUGACCAAGAGGAUUUCGAACGGUUGAGCAAGGCUUUCAAAAUCUGGUACGGCAUCAACGUAGAGACCCGCGAACACGCCCUUCGAGGAUGGAAUUGGGGCAAGGCAGAGUUCACCAAGGCCGAGCUGUCCUUCAAUGUGCAGAACAGACCCGCCUUUGAAAUCCCCUACUCCGAAAUCUCCAAUACCAACCUGGCUGGAAAGAACGAGGUCGCCGUGGAGUUUGCGCUCUCGGCUACCGAUGUGAACGGUACUGGCCAGCCGGCUGGCAGCACAAAGAACCGGGGUCGCAAGGCUGCUGCGGGAGCCGAUGAACUCGUGGAAAUGCGCUUCUACAUUCCUGGAACAGCUGUCAAGAAGGAGAAGGCGGAGGGCGCCGAGGGCGCUGAAGGCGAGGAGGAAAACGACGAAGAAUUAGAGGAGCAAAAUGCUGCCAACCUCUUUUAUGAAACCCUGAUGGACAAGGCCGAGAUCGGUGAGGUGGCAGGCGACACCUUUGCUACGUUCUUGGACGUUCUUCACCUUACACCCAGAGGUCGUUUCGAUAUUGACAUGUACGAAUCGUCAUUCCGUCUUCGCGGCAAAACGUACGACUACAAGAUUCAAUAUUCUGCCCUCAAAAAAUUCUUCUUGCUUCCUAAGCCCGACGAUACCCACACCCUCAUUGUCCUGGGUCUGGACCCCCCCGCUGCGGAACUCCUGCAAUCCCAAUACAAGGAUAAGCUGCAACCGCACUACGAAGAGCCAAUUCACCAGGUGGUGACCAAAAUUUUCCGGGGCUUGUCUGGUAAGAAGGUCAUCAUGCCCUCCAAGGACUUUACCAGCCACCAUGGUCACCAUGGAGUCAAGUGCUCCAUCAAGGCCAAUGAAGGUCUGCUCUACUUCUUGGAUAAGAGCCUUAUGUUUGUACCCAAACCUGCGACCUACAUUCAGAUGGAGAACGUUGCCGUGGUCACCAUGUCGCGUGUCGGAGGUGCCGUGUCUGCCAGCCGCACAUUUGAUAUCACUGUCAGCUUGAAGGCAGGUCUUGGCGAGCACCAGUUCAGCAACAUCAAUCGUGAGGAGCAGCAACCUCUGGAGGACUUCUUCAAGGCCAAGGGUAUCCGCAUUAAGAAUGAGAUGGCCGAGGAUGCCUCGAAUCUUCUCAAGGCCGCUCUUAACAACGAGGACUUGAUGGAAUCCAGUGACGAGGAAGGUGCCCGUGCGGACCGUGGCUCGGCUGAUGAAGAUGACGAGUCUCCUGAUGAAGACUUCCACGCCGACUCUGAUUCUGACGUUGCCGAGGAAUUCGAUUCCGACCACGAGAGCAGCGGCAGCGGCAGUGAUGCGGAGAUGGGCGACGCCUCGGAUGGCGGUGGUGGCAGUGAUGCGGAGGAAGACCGGCCGAAGAAGAAGACCAAGGUCGGAAAAUAA